AUGACGGACGAGAAUACCACAGCGGCCAAUCAAGCUUGGAGAAGAAAGCCUCGCAAGUUCUCUCCAAAGUCGAGACUAGGCUGCAAGACUUGCAAGAUAAGACGAGUAAAGUGUGAUUUAUCUCGGCCUUCAUGCUUGAAAUGCAAUUCCACAGGUCGCACCUGUGACGGCUAUAGCGAAACGCCCCUCGCGUCCAAAACCGAGAUUGAAUCAAGUUAUUAUCACAACGAGAAGGCCAACAGAGCAGAGAGCUGCGACAGUUACCACCCUUGCACCACGAUCAGUGCGUAUCAGCCAAACCAAUGGCACGCGGAAUACCAUGGCCUCAUUUUGCAGAAUCUCGGACCCUUUAUGGUCUUGCCAGUGACUGGGCCAGCCCAGACAGAGGCAAUGUGUUUUUUCGAGUAUAUUUCGAUCAAGCAUCUGAAUGAAUACCACCCCUGCGAAUCAUGGCGGAAGACUCUCAUGUUCUUCUCCCAAACAGUGCCAUCAGUGCGGUAUGCUGCCAUUGCUCUGGCCCUGAUCCAUCGAAAAUACCUACAUCGCGAUUCUAGCGACCACGUGCAUCAACCGCACUCCUUGAAAGACUGGCUACCGGAUAAGGCUCCUUUGCUUUACUACAAUCGGGCCAUUCAACUUCUUCUGAACCAGGAAAGUGGUGACAGCACCGAAACAACAGCCAUCACCCUUUUGGUCUGCUAUCUCUUCACCUGCUUUGAUCACCUGACGGGCAACGACGUACAAGCAAUGAAGCACCUACGCGGAGGUGUGGAGCUCUCACGCAACAUCAGCACAUAUGACGAUGCCAAACCGUCAUCGGUUCGCACGGUUAUCUGCCAGGUCACGAGACAGAUCCGUCGACUCGACAUGCAGGCCGUAACAUUUCUGGUCGACUGGACUCCCACUGAUAUCCAAGAGACACUUAUGUUCCAGCUUUCACCCUCCGACAGUGCCUUUCGGUCUCUCGACCAAGCCGCCGACCACCUCCAGAUCCUCGUCGCUUGGGUAAUGAGACUACGCAACACUGAACAACAAAUGCCCCCGAUGGGUGAGAUGCCGCCUUCACCUUCAUCAGUUAAGGAUAUCAUUCACGGACAGUUAGAAACGUGGUCGACUCUUUUCGAAAACAUGCUGCAACAAGGCAGCCCCUAUGAGACGGAUUUUGAGACUUACCCGCCCAUAUCACUGUUACGCCUUCAACAUAUCAUCACAUGGACUCUCCUUAGUACUUGCGGACCUGGCAGGGAAAUGGACUAUGACAAAUUCCUGCCCCAGUUCCAGCAAUGCGUGGCCUUGGCGGGCGACGUAGUGGCGGCGCAUGAGCGGUAUUCGGGGUCGUUGAAGCCCACUUUUACGCCUGAGAUCGGAAUUCUACCCGUACUUUAUAUGAUAGGUGUAAAAUGCCGGCAUCCUGUGGUCCGACGCGAGGUCUUGAGUAUCUUGCGACGGCAACCAAUACAGGAGGCGGUUUGGAAUAGCAUUUCUGCUGCCAGGAUAGUUGAGCGGGUAAUCGAGAUUGAAGAGGGUGGGUCUAGGGAGGGGGGAGUUCCGCGGAGCAUGGAACAAAUUGCUCUGUCGCAGAGGAUCGAGACUCUGUCUUGGGUACAGUCGACAGCCAGGAUGGAUAUUACGUAUACGUUCUGCGGGCGGGAGGGAAUCCAUGUCGAGUCAGUCAUGAUAUAA